AUGAUGAACCUGUUCCUCCAGGCUAGCACAGCCCUUCAAUUGCUUUACUGUGCUGGAUGGGUGCAUAGAGACAUCAGCUCUGGCAAUUUGCUCUGGUUCGACUCCGGAGAUGGCAACUUGCAGCUGGUGCUAGGAGAUCUGGAGUAUGCGAAGCGGUUUCGUGCUGGAAUUGGGAGCCCUGGUCCUAAAACAGGAACCUCUUAUUUCAUGCCGUAUGAAGUUCCUCCUAUAUUUGUGCGCUAUUCGUUCCAGCAUGACCUCGAAUCCCUCUGGUGGGUCCAGCUAUGGUGUGUCAUUGAGCGGAUAAACGAAAUGUCUCUGCAAUACGUGAACAAGAUUUUCCAGACCACAUAUCGUCCUAGUACGGACCGGCGAGAUGCCUUCCUGGCGCCAGGCGUCCUUGCUACAAACCUCAAAACCUCCUUCCCCCCGAUAUGA